GCUCUACUAUAUCACUGUUAUGUUUUCAGUUAAAAGUGUGUAAUUGUGGUCAACAGUGCUGUCCAAACACAAUUGUUGAUACAUGAGUAGGCAACAUACGUAAAUGUAGGUUACUCAUACCCACAUACACAAUGAUGUCUUUGCUCACAAGGCGAAUUACGUCAUUCAUGUGACUUAGAUGUGAGAAUGCAUUUAUACCUUAACAGACGGCUACUUCCGUGUAGUUGAGCUUCGUGUCAUGCAAAGCGCAGUUGAGCAAACUAUGGCAAGAACUGAAUUCCGUAUUCUUAUUUCCUUGUUGUUAUCUCUUGGAUAUUUUGUCACUGGGACUAAUGGUUAUGAAACCGCCGUCGAAUCAGUUGGCUUGUACUCUACGCCCAAUUUUACUUGGACAGAGGGCGUACCCAAUGUGACGAUCAGAUUUGAAAUGAAAAAUGGAUAUCAUUAUUUUUAUAGAAGACCUUAUGUUUACAAGGUCGUGAACACCUCUUCCACGUAUAUCAACAAGGGUGUAUUUUGAUUUUCCUGGAUAUUGUUAUAACAGUAGAGUCAACCUUGCCAUGUUUGCAAUUAGUUGUAAAUCGACCGAUAGUUACGGAAGCAUCGAUGUUACUUUUCAAAAACCCAACGUGUCCGACAACGGAACAAUAAUCGGAGUUAAUUGGGAUUUUACCACAGUCAAGCAAGUUAUACAAAUAACGUAUUGCCCGGAUGUUGUGGACAGCAUACUGACGAAACCAAAGCACCAAAACGCAACUUACAAUGAGGUCGCACAAGUUCAAUGUUUGAGUGGUUUGCCUCUGUUUAAAGGAGCAUACGGAUCACUCGCAAUGAGAAAGUCCCCUGGUAGAGCAAUCACUUAUACGUGUGGUGCACAUGCUGAAUGGGAAGGUCCUGACGUGGAAUGUUGGAAAGGUCAAACUGUUGACAUUCAAAAUAGCGAGAGCCGCCCCUUCAUUCUUGCGCUAAAUACUCCCACUCUAUUUUUCUGCGACGUCACUGGUAAAGAUAAUUAUGACGUCAUAAUGACCGUGGGAACUCAAAGAUUUUCACAGAAAAACAACGUUGCUGCUAUUUUAACACCGAGUGUGGACGAUUUCAACAAAACAGUCGAGUGCUACAGCCAACGAAAUAUUUCCUCAAAGAGACAAGUACCACUAUGGUUUUUAUUUCCUCCUCAACUUUUGAAUCGGCAAACUUUUGUUCACUACUUGUGUGUCGGUGACGCGUCAACUGCUAUUGUGACGUUUCGUUCCAAUCCACCAAUCACCGAAUGCGGGAAAGUUCGUGUUAAUAAACAAGGAAAGAGUUUCACAAGUUUCGUUUUACAAAGCAGUGGUGUGACAAACUUCAUCAAGUUUAUAUUUCCGAAGUUGUCCAAAUCGGAUCUCGGAUAUUAUGACGUCAUGGUGACGUCAUGUGAACCGGUAUUUUCAAAUAAGACAAUUCAUAUCGAGAUUAAAGAAUGCAGCACCCCGGUUGCAGUUGUGACAGUUCAUAAACCCGAUUCUCGUAUCACCAUCGGUCUGUCCACUGUCUGUGCUUGCCUCGUGUUAUUGUUGCUGAUUGCAGUCACUUGCAUAGCUGUCAAGCGCCGUAAUAACGCACCACACUCAUCUGAACAGCCACGUUCACAGACGCCAUGUCGACCAGCCAUAAAUGCCGAGCAACCGUCCGUAUAUUUUAGACCGAACGCAAGUAACUCCUGCAACGAAUAUAGACAACAACAAUCUGCAGAUUAUUGCGUCAUAUCUGACCGAAGAGGUUACGUAAACAUGCCGUUACCGGGUGCCCAACAAUCUCAAAAUGAUCCCAGAUUCCAAGGCGGAGCAUCGCUGGAUGCGGGAGCGUAUGAAUCCUAUUUCAUACCAGGAUAAUCAUUUUUUAUAUGAAAAUCCCUAAAAAAAUAAACACCGACAGUUAAAUGUCAACGCCUCGCCACGCGAAGAUGAACAAGUUCAAUUUUUCUUUUUUACUGUGUUAUAAAACUGGCCAGUCCGUAUUCCGCCAUUGUCUAAUAUACACGUCCGCCACUAUAGCACAGCUGUGGUAAGAGCGUGGCUGUUUUGUAUUCAGAAGUCCCCGGGUUCAAAACUCGAUGCUGCCAGCAUUGCGGCUGCUUUACCCUAAAACAGUUCGUGGUGAUUGUCUAAGUUCGGUCACUAAUGGGUCGCUACAAUAGCAGACACACAGAGAAUAAGUAAAAACAAAAUCACUGACAAAUAUAUCGUACUUCGUAACUCAAAGGCGGGUAUGAUAUAUUAUAACUAUGCAGUUCACCAUCGCGCUAGAAAAUAUUCGUUCUUUUUUGCGUCAUAAAAUAAUUAAUCAUAUUAAUUUGAAUGAAAUUACUUCCAAAGUUCAUUCAUGCAGACCUUUAUGUAGCGAAGUUCAUAUCUCCUUUGACAACCCAUUAGUGACCUCUUGAAUGAAUGUAUUAUUCAUUGCUUCUAACAUAAUAACCCGAUAGCUAGAAUGACACUUUGAAUCCGCGAGUAGCAACGAUUUAUUGGUUUUAAGAAUAGUUAUAAGCAGUGACAGCAGAUAACCUUAAAUAUGUUUUACACUCUUCUGUUUUUAUACAGAUUCGUGUGCCAAAUAAGAAACCUGGCAUAUAUACACAGCACUUUUGUGUCUACGUUGUUUUUUAUGUUUAUUUUAAUAAUAUCUCAUAUUACGAAUAUUGUAUCGUCUUUCAACAAGCUUAAGUGUCUCACUUUUGCAAAUAUUUGUCACUUCGUAUAAUUAUAGACGAACGUCGUUAUAUUUCGAUGAAAAUUUCAACCAAAUGUUUUUAUUAUUGAAGCGCAUGUGUCAACUCUAAACAUUUACUGUGUUUGACUAUAACUGUGACUUUAUUCACAAGACGCGCAAAUAUGUAUCUUAACAUAAACUGACUAUGAAUUAUUACAAGUUUUGUGCAUUUGAUCCCUGCUUUAAUUUUGUCAUUUACUUUUUGCACCGAAACUGUCUGAAAAAAAUGCACAUGAAAAGGUUAAACCUCA